AUGAGAGUACAUCAGGAUCUAGUAGAGGAGAUUCUUGAGAGGCUCCCGGUGAAAUCUUUACACAGAUUCAAAGUAGUCUCGAAAACAUGGAACUCGUCGAUUGAAUCUCAAUAUUUCAUGAAGAAACACAUGAUCCGUCGGCAACUACAAGAGCCAGAUUUCCUUCUUGUCGAUGAUCAAGUUGCUGGUGAACGUAUGGACGAUGAAGACAUGACGAUUAGGACAUUGGUGUUGGGCUCUUCCGACCAUGAAGCUGAGCUUGAGUCUACUCUCCAACUCCAGUUCACCUUUAAUGAUGUUACCAGAAGCUGUGACGGCCUCGUGUGCAUCUACCAUUUUCGUAGAUCUAUACUUAUGGUCAACCCAAGCACAAAAUGGAUGCGAGAAGUUCCUUUAGCAAGUCUUCAACGACGUACUUUCCGAUGGCGCAAUAGUGGAGACGAACCUAACUUGUUAGGCUUUGGGAAAGACAUAUGCACAGAUACAUACAAGUUGGUUUGGUUGUAUGCUUCAAUGGAACACUUACACACUACUUGUGAAGUUUUUGAUUUUGUCAUCAAUUCUUGGAGGUAUGUGGAAUCUCCUCCCUACGGGCUUAUUGAUGAUCAUAAGCCUACAUACGUAGAUGGAUCACUUCACUGGUUCGUCUGCAAGGAAAGUUCCGAGGUAAGAAUAUUAUCUUUUGAUUGCCACACCGAGAUUUUUCAAGAGAUUGCAGAAUGUCCACUUGGUGAUCAAGAAAAUGAAACUCGGUUCAUCAUGUGCAAUCUGAACAAUCGUCUGUGUGUAUCAGAAAAGAAGUGGCCAACACAAGACAUAUGGACAUUAAAUUGUUCAGACAUGAUGAAGUGGGAGAAGAUGUAUUCACUAGAUCUAUCCUCUUGUCCUGAUGGCUGGCUAGCCGAUGGGGAGUGGCCAAUAGCUUGUCCACUCGCAAUUCUGAAUAACAAGAAGCUAUUGAUUUAUGAUGAGCAUGGACCGGAUGGUUAUAAUCCAAACUUUGUGAUAUAUGACAUGGAAACAAGAUCAUAUUCCUUGGGUUUCGCUGCAGAAUCUGUGAUUUUUGUGACUCCUUAUUUUCAAAGUUUAAUCUCAAUUUCUAAAGGAUUAUGGGUUUAA